AUGUCCAUCAAGCUCGGGAGUGUCCGAGCCGUCGUUGUCUCGUCUCCACGCGCCGCCGAGCUCUUCCUCAAGACCCACGACCAUGUUUUCGCUAGCCGGCCUAAAACUCAAGCCGCCGAGAUCGUCUCCUAUGGAUCCAAGGCCGUGGCUUUGACUCCGUACGGCACGUACUGGCGAAAUGUUCGGAAACUCUGUGCCGUUCAUCUCCUGAGCACCUCUAAGAUGGAACAGUUUAAGCCCACCAGGACUAAAAUGAUUGGUUUGAUGGUGGAUCGCUUGAGAGGGGCGGGGCAAAAGGAAGAGGUCGUGAAUGUUAGUGAAAUAGUGGCCGAGGUUUUCGAGAAGUUGCUGUAUAGGACGAUCUUGGGAAGCGGUGACAACAAUGAUGAUGAUCAUGAUGACCAUGCUGAUGAUGAUAUGAGGGUCAAAGAAAUUUUGGGGGAGAUGGUGAAGUUGGGAGGAGCUUUCAAUGUAUCGGAUUAUUUGCCUUUACUUGCUUCGCUCGAUCUUCAGGGUUUAGCUCAAAGAAUGAGACAAUUGAGCGAGUCAAUGGACAAAAUACUCGAGAGGAUAAUCGAAAAGCAUGGACAAGAAGACAGAGAUCGCAACUUGAAAGACUACGACUUCGUGGACAUACUCCGAUCCAAGUUAAAUCAACCCAUAAACCCACAAGACCAAAACUCGGAAGUACUCGGCAGAACUCAUGUCAAAGCCAUACUAAUCGACAUGAUGGUCGGAGCACAAGACACGUCAGCGGUAGCCAUAGAUUGGAUCUUCUCUGAGAUCUUAAAGAAUCCUCUCGUGUAA